AUGGCUGAAGAGGAAUUCGAGAUCGACGUCUAUGGCGACUCUGCCAACGACCAUGGCGAUCAGGACCACGGCAACCAGGACCACGGCAACCACGGGCAGGAUCAUGGAGAUGACCACGGCUAUGAGGACGAGGGCAAUGCCCAGAACACAAACGGUGAUCACCGCGAUCAUGAUGACUACCACGAGGAACACGGAGACAACAACAUGGAUGACGUUGGCGCCGAACGGACCCAGUCUCACACCCCUUCCUCCGAACGCCCCCAGCAAGGCGUGAAGCGCAAGGAAGGUUCUGAUGAGCGCCCUGUUGAUCCCGGCGCUACCACGGCGCUCAUGAUCUCGGAGCUCAACUGGUGGAACACUGACGAUGACAUCCGCGGCUGGGUCCACCAAGUCGGCUGCGAGAACGAACUCAAGGAUAUCACCUUUAGCGAGCACAAGAUCAACGGCAAGAGCAAGGGCCAAGCCUAUGUCGAGUUCACCUCUCAGCAGGCGGCCACCGCCACCAAACACCACGUUGACUCCCUAACCAACGAAUACAGCCAGCCGGGCCAAAAGAGACACACAGUGAUCUACUCGGCUCCGACUCACAACCCGUUCCGCACCCUGCCCAAGGACGCGCCGAACCGGGCCGCCAAGGACGGCCAAGGUCGCGCGGUCUCCGGCUCCGGGUACAACGACCGCGGCGGCAGUUAUGGCGGCAACAGCAACUUUAAUAGCGGUUUCCGCGGCGGACGUGGUGGUUUCAGCGGCGCUCGGGGCGGCGGCGGCAUGAACCCGGGCGGUUUUAACCGCAACUUUUCCGGCGGAAACAUGAACUCAUUCAACGCCAACAACAUGGGCUUCAACAACCCCAUGGGCGGCGGCGGUUUCGGUGGCGGCUUCAACCGCGGCGGCAUGAUGGGCGGCGGUAUGCGUGGUGGCAUGCGCGGCGGCCGUGGCGGAGGCAUGAACAUGAUGGGCGGCAUGCCCAUGCCCGGCGGUAUGCCCAUGGGCGGCAUGGGUGGCCCGAUGGGUGGCAUGGGGAUGAUGGGUGCCGGCAUGGGCGGCGGUAUGCCUGCUGACCAAACUCCCACAAAAGCCUUCCAAGGCAUGUCACAAGGUUUCAACCCGGCCUUCUUCGGCGCGGGGGGCGGUAACCAGCAGUCGAGUGAGUGGCAGAACCCGCACGGCGCCAAGCGAGCUCGAGGCGAGUAG